AGCAUCAGUAAAAUCGAAAUAUAUAUUCUCAGUUACAAAAACGAAGUGGGCUUUUGUGUCCCUUACCUAAUGGGAGCGGCAAAUUGCACAAAAUCGUAAAAAUUGACUCCUAAAAUCUGAAAACGUUAGCAGGAGAGGAAAUAGGGUUUCGCAACAUUUUCUAAUCUAACCUAAUUAAAGACGCUAGGCAUAAUGAAAGAGAUGAACGCCGAGCAAGACUUCACUGGAGAAGCGUCAACCAGUCACCACCAAAAGAGGCAACGAAGACUUCCCUCCACUGUUGAAGAAGAAGAAAAAGUAGGCGAUGUAACGGAGGCACGAUCGCGGACUAUGUUUGAUUUGGAUCUUCUGGACUGUCCCGUUUGCUUCCAUGCACUGACAAAUCCUAUCUUUCAGGCUGAAGCAGCUCCUACUGCGAUUGAAGCCACGAACCCUUUGAAUGAAGGUCAGAGAGAGCUUUCGGAUGAGUUCAAUACCAAACUGAAUCUAGAUAAUCAGAAUGAAGCAUCUGAUGAAAAGAUGCUCAUGGAGGCAGAUUAUUCUUCUUCCUCAGAUGAUUCCUCAGAAUCAGAGGAGGAGCCCAUGAUUGUUAAUCCACAGCCACCAAGAUCUACUACUACUGGAGGAUCAAGAACACUUUUUGCAGGCAAUCUUGCGCUCCAAGUAAAAAAAUCAGAUAUCGAGGAGUUCUUCCAAGAAGCUGGCCAAGUUGUUGAUGUUAAAUUUUCUACGGGACCUGAUGGCAGUUGCAGGGGAUUUAGCCAUAUUUUGUUUUCUUCUCCUGAAGAAGCACAGAAUGCGCUGGGAUUUCAGGGUAGAACUUUGCUCGGUCGUCCAAUUCGGCUUGACAUGGCUCUCGAACGUUCAUAAAUCAGGUGCUUUGGUGGUAUUUGAGUGGUGGGGGAUGGCAGGAUCUAUCAAGAAUAAAUAUAGAUAUAAUAACUAAGGAGGGUUACUAGUUACUUUUUAAUCUUUAAGAUCUGGCUAAUUAUGAUUUAACCUAAUACUUUUGAGCAUCUCCGUUUUGUUUUUUUUUUUUGUUUAUGUAAGAGAUCAAGGAAGAGUUCUAUAUUUGUGUUAUCAUC